AUGGGUAUAUCACGGCUUAAACAGCAUCUAGAGCCCUUUCUAGAGGCAGUAUGUCUACAUGAUCGAGUGCAUCCGACGCCAGGCGUAACCACUGCGCAACAUGUCGUAAUAGACGGGCCUAGUCUUGUCUACCAUGUUUACUAUCGCCUGCUAUCGUGGUCUCAUCCCGAUCUUCGCUACCCCGAUAUACAACCAACUUGCGAUGAAGUGAGCCAUGGGGUUAUGCUAUUCCUCCUUCACCUGACGUCUUUAGGCGUGACGAUAGAGAAAGUAUGCUUCGACGGUGCUUUGCCUCCAUUGAAGCAGUCGACACGCCUUGCUCGCUUGGAGAAGACCAGGAAAAGACUUGAGGCCUUUCGGAUAAGCCACUCGGGUUGUCUAAGUACAUCUCCUGUCCCAGAAAGGAUGACAGUCAACCGGUGGGAAAAUGUCUUGCAAAGCAGGACCCUGCCUGCCAAUCUCACCCUGGUACCAGAAAACCAUUUUAUCGUCCCUGCGGUUUAUGAAGACCUCCGACAACGUUGGUCCAAGGAGAAUAUCCUCAAAGCCCUUCCGGUUGAUUCAUUCUUGCGUAUGGCUGCAAACCGUCUCGCAAGUUUGCCCUGGGCUGAUGUAACUAUCAUGGUCCCAGGCGAGGCGGACUCCUACUGUGCCCAUUUCGCCAAGGAAAAUGAUUGUUCGAUAAUUACAAAUGAUUCCGACCUGCUCUUGUACGAUAUAGGCUCAUCAGGAUCCGUUAUCCUUGUCAGUUCCAUGAGUUUGGCGCACACAUAUCCAGACAACUCAAUUACAGCCCAGGGCAUUUGUCCGAAUACAGUCGCGCGCCGGCUGGGAUUGGAAUCACUGCUACCAUUGGCAUUUGUGCUACAAUCAAAUCCGAGGAUUGGGAUGGGAGAGCUUAUUCGGCGAUCAAAGAUUGUUGACAGGGCACCUGGUCCUGCCCCAGGCUAUCCUCAGUUUUCGAAGGAGUACCAGACCUCUCCGGGCAUCCUUGUUGAUAAUAUAGGAAAGCGAUAUCCCCAGUCACUCGAUACCAGGGUCUCAGAAAUGGUCGCUCAGUAUCUUUUCCCAGGGACCUAUUCACACGACGCUUCGCUGAGUAUGUAUCUCGUGAUGCUCACUGAGGAUCCGAAGCGGCAGUGUGCUUGGUUGCAAGGACGUGUGAUCAGGGUCAUAGGCUAUUCUCUUUUUAAUCUAACACAACCGAUAGAUAAAAGGCAUAAGUACAUUAUUGAGCACAUCAGGCGAGGUGGAAGAGUUACAUGCGACAUGAUAGCCUUGGAGAACCAAUCUUCACUAUCAGCAGAAAUUCAAUCCUUGCUCGACCAGCUUGAUGUCGUCCAGGCGAAGACUGGUAUUGAGGUUGACUGCCCGGUCUUUUGGAGGACCUUUGCCCUCUAUACUAUAUUUGGACUGCAGACGACGACUAAAACUCCAAACCUCGAUCAGCUAAAGCGGCUUUUGGCCCAUGGGUCUAUGAGCAAUAAUUUGGACUGGGACGAUGUUCACGUGCUAGCCCAGAUCCAAUCCGUUCUAUAUUCGUUGAGGAUCCUUAAGCAAUUGCUUGGGAUAUCAGAGUUCUCUGACAGACAGACGACUCAAGUAUCUGCCUUUUUGGCCCAUUUACCACCGCUACAUGUUUUGAUGAGAUCAGUACAUGAGAUGAAGAAAGAGUUAGCGAUCUUCCCUGCUAAGGAUGCCAUUAAUCAAGCCAUACUGUUAUGGGAUGAAAGCGGCGACGACCAUGGAAGGAGAGAAAGACCGUGCGUGUCCGCCGGUGGUACACAAACCCUGAAAUCCGGGGAUCCAAGGUCAACUUACCACAAACCGACGGCAACAAGUCGCACGUGGCCGGUACGGCCUCAGAAUAUCUUCGAGCUUCUCUCACACCAAUGAACGUCUUUCACUUAUUGUUUGAUCUCGAUUUCUACUGUCUUGUGUAUUCGGCUAAGAUGCGGAGCCCAAUAAAAGUCAUUCAAAGGAUGAAAGAAACACAGUAUAUAAAGUUCAUCCGUUAUGCCUGGGCUCUGGUAAUGAAUGUUUACAACUUAACGGGCCGACCUCAAGAAUCCUACCACUCCCCGACAGUAUCCCACUAGCUCGGCCAACCGCUGGGCCUCACGCCGUUGUGCCUGGCUCCAUGCAAGGAGAGCAUUCUUCAGAGGGUCAUCAUUGUCGUCGCCGUCAAGAACAGAACAUGCCGCCACAGAAUCUGCAUGGACUCUCAAAAAGACAGCCAUCCAAGCAUUAACAAGCUCAAAAUCUCUCCU